AUGACAAUAUCAUUCUUUCUAUGUGGUCAAAACGUAACAGAAUCAUCAUACGGACAAGUAGAAUCUCUCGAUGAUUCAUCAAAUAAACCUUCCACAAAUUUAGUCCAGAUUCGAAUUCCAAACGAUGUGACUUAUUUAUUACAAGUAGAAACAACAGCAGAAGCAGAACAAGCAGAACCAUUAGAAAAUGAAGGGAAUGAACAUCAAAUCGAUCAAAACAAGCAGACGAAACCUUUGACUUCCUACGAUUUGAGUCAUCAUUCACAAGUUUCGUCUAGAUUUUUUCCGACAUUUAUUAGAAAAAUAUCUUGUGGAAGUGAUUUUCUAGUUGUCCUACUCAAUGAUGGAUCACUCUAUUCCAUGGGAGCCAAUUCUCAUGGUCAAUUAGGAGUUAAUCUUUCCGAUUUUUCAAUCAACACAUUUCCUAAAAAACAACUGGUUCAAGUCAAACUUCCAGAAAACACAAAUGUCAAGUUAGUUGAAUGUGGAGCUCAUUUUACAUUAUUUGCAACUACAGAUAAUCGAUUAUUUGGAUUUGGAACCAAUGACUAUAAUCAAAUAUUCUUUCAGAGAGCAAAUUUAGAGACGAGUGGAACUAGUACCAAUGAUUUGGAAUGGAGAGGCGAUUUUAUGGAACCUUUUGAGAUUGAUUAUCAUAGAAAGGAAGGUCAGGAUGAAAUAACUCACUUGUGUUGCUGUUUUUCAUUUUCAAUGUUUGUGUUGAAUCAUCGUGAAUUGAGAAUGAUUGGACAGAAUUGGGUUUAUGAGCAUGGUCAUCCAAGUUUGAUAAGCAGUAGACACGUUCCGUAUGUACCACUCCACUGUUUUAAAGAAAGAAUCAAAAAGAUUAGUGCUGGAGGCUUUCAUUUUGUAAUUCUCUUAGAAAAUGGUCAAUUAUUUGGUGCAGGAGAUUGUUCCUCCAAACAAUAUGGAGCUUUCCAAAAUAAUUCGCAAACUAUUUUUAUAGACAUUGGAGAGAGGUACUUCCCAAGUACAAGAUUCUCUCCUAUUAAGGAUGUAAAUUUUAAACAAGUGGAAGAUAUGACUCCUAUUCAUUACAAUGAAAAGAUCAUCAAGUUGUAUAGUGGAGAGGAUUUUUCAUGUGCCAUUUCAAUGGAUGGUAAUUGUAUUUUGAGAGGAAAUAAUGAUAAAACUCAAUUGGGAAGUCCUGAAAAAUCAUCUAUUGAACAUUCAAUCAAGUUGAGUGAAUUAUUUUCAAAUAGAGAAUUGAGAAAUCUGGAUGAAAUUCACAUGGCUUGUGGAUAUUACAAUACUGUAAUUUAUAGAAAACCAUCUCAUGACAUUUUGGAUCAUUUCUCAUUGCUCUCCAAUAGUAGAAAAUAUUUGCAUGACAUUCACAUUAAAGCCGUCUCUGUAUUUUUGUAAAGUACAGAAAUAGGCAUUACAAAAAAUCCUUUACUAACAUUCAAAUUCCAAACACGUUGGCCAAAACUUUUCCACAGAUAUAAUGAUGUAAUCAAUAAAAAUACAAAUAAUUUAUUG